UACCGCGAGAUUACGCGGAUGUAUCAUCGCGAGACCCGCGACAAGCCUGACUCUCGCCUGCGCCCAGCUGGCAGCCUCCCGUUGACGGUUCUGUUGCAGUUGAGGAGCGAGCUGGUGGUUAUCAUGGGCAACAUCUUCGGAAACCUGUUGAAGAGCCUGAUAGGGAAAAAGGAGAUGAGGAUCCUCAUGGUGGGGCUGGACGCCGCUGGGAAAACCACCAUCCUUUACAAGCUGAAGCUCGGCGAGAUCGUCACCACCAUUCCCACAAUCGGCUUCAAUGUUGAGACAGUGGAGUACAAGAACAUCAGCUUCACUGUGUGGGACGUGGGCGGUCAGGACAAGAUUCGUCCCUUGUGGAGGCACUACUUCCAAAACACUCAGGGCUUAAUCUUUGUGGUGGACAGCAACGACCGCGAGCGUGUGAAUGAAGCACGAGAAGAACUGAUGAGGAUGCUGGCUGAGGAUGAGUUGCGGGAUGCUGUUCUCCUUGUCUUCGCAAACAAGCAGGACCUUCCCAAUGCCAUGAACGCAGCAGAGAUCACAGACAAGCUGGGUUUGCACUCCCUGCGCCACCGCAACUGGUACAUCCAAGCUACGUGCGCCACUAGUGGGGACGGCCUCUAUGAGGGUCUGGACUGGCUGGCCAAUCAGCUGAAGAACAAAAAGUGAAGGGCGCGUUCUGGAGAGUGGGGAAGUGCCAGCUCCAGGUAGUACUUCGUUUGAGUUUACAUGGAAAGGCAGUGCUGAGAAGCUCCUUCCCGUCCUCCCAAAAACUUCACUCUUGUUCUUUUACUUGAUAAUGUAUCGAUUUCUUUGGAUCUGCAGUGAGAGUUGUUAAUAAUGUGCAAACCAACAUUACCUAAAUAUUUAACUUUUUUCCACACUGUAUACAUAAUUGGGAUGUACAAUGUGAAUAAUAUAUUAUAUUAAUGAAAUAACGUAUUUUCCCUCCUUCAUUUUUUUUGUGCUAGAGGAGUGAUGCUGAUGUAAAUGAUAACAAAUGUAACAUUAGCAUUGUAUGACUACCCAAAUUGUUAAAAAUACAAAGGUGACAUAUUCAUCCUAAUUUGCCCAAAACCAAUGCAGGGCAUCACAAUAAAGUGCAUAUUUUACUAUAAUUACAAAUAUCUAUUUUGAUGCAAUUAAUUCACCUCAUAACACAUUGGCUAAUUAAUAAGAGGUCAAAUUUUAUCACUGUUUAUUUAUUCUGAAGCAGAUUUGUUGAAAUGUUGUUAUAUACUAUAGUAUAUCGCAUAUUUGCUAAUGGAAGCAAUGAAAGAAGAAGACCUGAAAUGACUAUCGCAUAUUACUGCUUCCCAUUGCUGCAUGUGAAUAUGGACAGUUUAAGAUCGUGGGUUUACGGGAGCCACAACUCACUGCCGACUGCUGUAAAUAAAGAUGUACUUGCUCCGAUUCCCAUGUUUGAUAAGCGUUCUAUGAGUGUUUGGUGCCAGUACGGUCUGGUCGGUGUACUGAUUCAGGAUGCAGUUCCUGGAAUCUAAAACUACAUGCCUCUAUUGGCUGGCGUUGAUUGAAUGUUUGCUUUUCAGCGCCACUAUAGAAGCAGCUGCAUUCAACAGCAUCUGUCCUAAUUGGCCAAACAUUAGGAUUUUCUUUUUGUGGGACUUGUGGUACCAUCUUGCACAAAAAAAACAAAAAACAAAAAAACACCACUAUAAUAUAUGUAUGUUCAAAUGAUAAUUUUCUUAUGGAUGAACAUUUGCUUUGUUAUCUUUAGCAGCCAUCUCUUUUUGACCCUUAUGUCAUUAAACAAACGUGAGCGAGCAUCAAGAGGCAUUUUAAUAGGGUGAAAGACCCAAUUAUCUUCUAAUAUGCAACUGCAUGCUUUUGUAUAUUGUUAUUUAUAAAAAGUAUGCCAAG